UGGCAUGGUCACCGUGCGUGAUGUCUUGGACUACGACCGCAAGCGCAAUAUUAUCUUCUCCCGUGCAAGAAGUAAUUGUGAGACCAUCUCAGAGGAGCAUCCAUAUCUAACACUCACGGGUCCGACCCGUGCUAUUGUGACAUGUCUCGACCCUGGGAACAUCGAGAUCACGCUCAAAGUCAAGGGCGCAACUGAAUCCGACGAUGUAGACCUAAGUUUCAUAGUUUUAACAUUGAAAAGCAGUAUGUAUAUUUCUUAUCACGAAGAUUACCCUAGCAAGCGUAGCACGCUGAAGUUAGAAUUCCACCACAUUGACCGUGCCAGGGAGGCAACAAUCAGCGUGAGGCUCGAUGCUGGAUCAUCGUUGGCACCAAUUGGUUUUCAAGGUGUAUUCACCGCAAGCACCGCCAGCAUAGAUGAUGCCGAAGUUAUGUUGCUUGAUUUCAGGGAGGGUAAACUGGCUGUUGCUGGCGAUGGCACGAUCAAUCUUUCACGGCGUGUUGUUUCAGUUAAUGAUGAUGAAAAUGAAUGGUUGAAGGUUUCUAUUAUGGCACUUUGUGAUGAAGGGGAUGAACAAGUUUCUACAAGAGAUGAUGUAGUAUUCACUCCAAAGAAAUAUGGGAGAAGUUGUGGUGUGCUUAAUGUCGGCACGUGUAAGAUGCAAGUCAGGGUUGCAUGGUCCCUUUUUCUUGGUUAUUAAAUUAAUGAUGUAGGUUUUUGGUUAACUACAU